UCCGCACCGUUGCAUAAUUAGUUAAUAUACAGUACCAGCCAAUUUUUUAGUUUUAGUUUUUGUAUGCGAUGAGAAAAAAAAAAUGUACGGUAGAUCAGAGAUGGCUAUAGCAUAUAUAGAGAGUAGUAAGUGAAGUCAGUACCAUCAGAACCGAAUUGUGGAUAGUAAAGAUGGCAGUGACAAUGGCAAAGAAUAAGGACGGUGAAGAAGUACCAGUGCCACCCAAAGAUGAAGAAGAAAUACUAUUGGAAAAGUUGGUAUUUGGGGAUGCUGAGGGAUUCGAAGCCAACUUGAAAAAAGUAGAUAAUUUGUAUGACUACUCGUCAGAUGAACAAGAUGAUGGGAAUAGUGAUAAAUUCUUUGAAGAUAGUUCCGAGGAAGAGUCGGAAGAUGAAGGAAAUGGAUCAGAUGUUCAAGAUGAGGACUUGUUUUUCAUUGAUGAUGGAGAAUCUAGACCUCAGAAUGGUCAAGACGAAGAUGCCAUGGAUAUUGAUGAUGAAGAAAAUAGUGAAACUGAAGGCAACUAUAGUGAAGAUGAAGAAGAUGAUGAAGAAGAGGCUGCAUGGCACGAUAGUGAUGAUGAACGUGUCAACAUAUCAUUACUUUCAUCUGAUAAAUUAAAGAAAUUAAGAAAAUCCGAAAAUGAUGUAACAAUAUCAGGCAGAGCUUAUGUAGCGAGAUUAAAGAGUCAGUUUGAAAAAAUAUAUCCAAGACCAGAAUGGAUAGAUAAAUUAGAAGAAGAAAAUGAUGAAGAAGACAAUGAAAAUGAUAUUGAUGACGAAAAUGAUGAGACUUCUAACAAUACUAAUAAUGAUACGAAUGCUAUCUUAAAGAUAUUGGCCAAUACUCAACUGUUCAUUAUAACCAAACAAUUAAAAUUAAUAUCUCCAUCGAAAAUCUCUAUUACUAGAUUAAAGGAUGCCAAUUAUCAACGACUUUCUAAAUCAGCUAUUCAAUCUUUAUCAUUUCAUCAUAGUCAUCCACUUUUAAUGACUGGUGGAUUUGAUAGAACUUUAAGAAUAUAUCAUAUAGAUGGUAAGAUAAAUAAUCUUGUCACAUCAUUGCAUUUACGUAACUCUCCAAUUUACAGUUGUCAAUUUUCUGCAUUAGGAUCUAAUACCAAAGAUAAUGAAAAAAAUUUAGUAUUUGCUGCUGGUAGAAGACGUUAUAUGAGUAAAUGGGAUUUAAAUAGUGGAGAAGUUGAAAAAAUUUCAAGAAUUUAUGGUCAUGAACAAUUCCAAAAAUCCUUUGAAUACUUUAAAAUAUCUCCAAAUGGUACAUUUAUUGGAUUAACUGGUAAUAGUGGAUGGUGUAAUUUAUUAAAUGGAAGUACAGGUCAAUGGAUAAAAGGAUUCAAAAUUGAAGGAACUAUUGUUGAUUUUGAAUUUUCUAGAGAUGAAUCAUUUAUAAUUAUAAUUAAUUCUUCUGGAACUGUAUGGGAAUAUGAAUUAAAUUCUACUGAUAAUACUAAAUCUACUGAUGAAAAAUCUACUAAAGUAUUAAAUAAAAUUAUAAGAAAAUGGAAUGAUGAUGGAGGAGUUGGUAUAACUAAGAUUAAACUUGGAGGUCCAAAGAAUCGUUGGUUGGCUAUUGGUACUAAUAAUGGUAUUGUUAAUAUUUAUGAUCGUAAUACUAUCAUUGAUAAUGUUAAUCCUAAACCGGUUAAGACAAUCGAAAACUUGGUAACAUCUAUCUCAUCCUUAACAUUUACUCCAGAUGGCCAAAUCUUAUGUAUAGCUUCUCGGUCUAAAAGAGAUUCUUUAAGAUUAGUUCAUGUAGCUUCUGGUACUGUAUAUUCUAAUUGGCCUACUAGUGGAACUCCAUUAGGGAAAGUUACUGCUGUUGCCUUCUCACCUAAUAAUGAGAUGUUGGCAGUAGGUAAUGAAGCAGGCAAAGUAACUCUUUGGAGAUUAAACCAUUACUAGACUCCUAUAUAUAUAUAAUUUAUAGAAACAACUAACUUAUAGUAUUACUAUAUAGUAAUAGUAAUAGUAAUACUUUAUAGUAACUUUACUAUGUAAUGAAGUGCGCACACUAUAAGAAAAAAUGUCUCACUCUUGGUUAACAUGCAGGAAACCACUCACUCCUAAAAAACUCAACUCAUUUUUAACGAACCCAUUGGCCAUACAGUACCAUACAGUUACUACUAGUCUCUAGUUAGUAUAUCUUAACAAGUAUCAACAACAGUUUAAGAACAAUGUUUGCUAGUGCCAUUAGAAUGGGUAAGAUCGUGGGUGCACCGUCAUGAUCGUUACAGAGAUCCUUUAACUCAUCAAAUAACACCAGCAUUAUAUAG